AGUGUGUCAGAGUUGUCUUCCUUGAGCAAGAAAAUGCGAGUCCGCGGAUAAAAAUGUUCUCUCGCGGAUUCACCGUGCAUUGAAGGCAAGAAACCUAUUUAUCGGGGUGUGUUUUCAAAGAUCGUAAAGCGUAUUCUACGUUUAAGGCGAAAUGAGUCACAACAAACCAGGGCUUUACUGCACAUAAACCACGGACCUGCUCACAGAAACUGAGAGCAAAGACGGUAAACAAGAUGCUCAAUUCAGAGUUGCUUAUUUAGUAUCACAGCUACUCUGGUUUGCACCAGGCUGGCCAACAAAAGCUGGCAGAGAAAAGCAAAUCCACUGAUCAGAAAAAGGGAAUGUGGAAGCAGUUAGAGUAAGUGAUAGAUCCAUCAGGAAGAGGACAAUGAAGUAAGAGCACCAACACCAGAAAUGAUUUUCUGGAGCCGGCAACUGUAUGUGCAACAAGUUUUUUCAGGGUGUAAGAGCACUGGUGCUGAACAUAUUGAUAAGAAUGUCAGGUUACUGGGACUGCAAUUAUGCCUAUUCUUGGGAUGAGCACCACCAUUCAAAGCCUUCCUCAGGAAAUACUGCUGAAGAUCUUUUCCUUCUUGCAACCCUAUGAGCUGUGGAAGCAUGUUUCAAAUGUAUGCCUUCAGUGGCGUAGACUUGCUUAUGAUUGCAGUCUUUGGCAUAAACUUGCUUUGUCAACCUGGGGCUCCAACAUGUCAGGCUUUGAACUUUGCAAGAUCAUCUUGCAUGUGUCAAGCAGUGUUCAGCAACUUGAGCUACAUGGAAUGCAGGACAUAACACCUGCAGAGAUGGCUGUUGUUGCUGAAAAUUGUCCGGGACUGACUCAUCUGAACUUGGGUUUUAUAAGUUCUGUGAACCGUGUGAUGAUCAAUGCUGUGCUAAGCACGUGUCCACACUUGCAAUACUUGAAUGUCGAGGGCUGUAGAAAUGUCAAUCAUGAAAUAGCUCGAGAGAUUGUAAAUACAGGCUUGUCCCUCACUAGGCUGAACUUUUCUCACUGUCCCCUGGUGGAUGAGAGUCUGCUCUUGCUUUCACAGCAACUGCCUUGCAUUAAAGCACUCAAUAUUGACGGCAUCUCUUGGAUCAGCAACAGGGCAAUACAAGAACUAGUUCAAAACCACAGCAGCACCUUGGAGGAGUUGGAGUUAGAUGGGGCGGAACUGACAGAUGUUGCUACAAAGGCUCUUGCUCAUUGCCAAAACCUAACCAGCUUGUCCAUCUCCUUCUGUGAACUGCUAACAGAUGCAUCACUUUAUAGCAUACAGAUGCUGCCUGCCCUGCAGAAGUUAUGUCUUCGCAAAGGUCAGGGAUUUACAGCAAAUGGACUAGCAAUGUUUUUGUCAUCUCUGAACCUGAAGUUGCUACAUCACCUGGACCUGUCAGAAUGUGCUUCUCUCCAGGACAAUGCAGUACAGGCAGUCACUCAGCAAUGUGGAAGUUGUCUGAAAACCUUGAACCUCUCCUGGUGCUGGGAUGUGACGGAUGUUGGUUUAACAGCCAUUGUUGAUAAAUGCAGUCGGUUAAAGGAGCUGCACUUGGUAGGCCUCCACAGAGUAAUGGGUUCUUGUUUAGACCGCAUACCAGAGGAAAUGCCAUGUCUGAAACACAUGGAUCUUCAACAAUGCAAUUUGAUUAAUGAUGCCAUCAUUGAGGAUGCUGUUCGGAGAAAACCGGAUCUGGUGGUGCUGAACUACUAUGGGAGAUGUUCGUACAUCAACAACACUAGCAAGAGACUAAUCCGGUAGCAUUUGCUGAUUCUUUUGCUGAUUCUUUUGAUCAUGGAACAGAUACAUGGUUCAGUAGGUCUCAGGCUGCACAGUGACAGGCUCUUGAUUCGGACAAGAACACUGUUAAAAUGACACCACCAGCUAUAGGGCAUGCAACUCUGGCAGCAUAGCUGGCAAGAUCACAUCUCAGGACAAAUUAGUUUGCUCAUAAUCUUCAUGUCUUCAGUGUCUUUCACUGAUAACAGUGUGAUGUAUCAUCUUUCUGCCUUUCCUGCAAUUGAAACUCAAGAAAAAGGCAGCAGGAGUGGUUUCAGUAAUUUUCUUUUGUUCGGAACUGUUUUCAUUGUAAAAUUCUUUUCAUUUUGCUUUGUUUAGGCUGUAUGUCUGGUUUAUCUUUGAGCUGUAUAGGUGUGUUGCUGAGCUGUAUAUGCUUUGAGCUGAACUAUAUGUGUAUGUCUUUAAGCUGUAUAUGUUUGGCUUGUCUUAUGGCUAUAAAUGCAAGCAAACAUAUUUUGCAUCUCAAUUUUUUUUUUCAUUUUAGCUACAAAGGCACACAUAACCUUUUUCUGGAAACUGCUAUCAGUGAUUUCCUUUUUGUGCCACCUGGUUGAAAGUGAUGUGAAAUGUUAAAAAAAAAAUAUAUUUUGAUCCAGUAUUUGAGUUUCUUCAAAUUGUGGACAAAUUCCUUUGAUGUCACAGAACUUUUAAGGUGUUUUUUGAUUGCUUUACAGCCUCUGUUAAGCAUAUCUGCAUCAAUCCAUAUUGUUAUCAAUAAAUGCAGAAAGUUUUCUGACUUAGCCUUUUGUCAGA